CUAGAAAGUGUUGUUGCGUUGCAGUCACUCUUAUUCUCAGAUGAGUGCAGUUGAGGCUCCCGCAACAGCAGCAGCAGCACCUCCUCCUGGUGGCCCUGCACCGCCGCUCAAGCUCGUCAUCCGGCGUCUGCCGCCACUUCUCGACGAGGCCGUCUUCCGCGAGAAGCAUCUCGCCGGGUUUGAGGCGAGCAUCAGCUACCUGUACCUCGUCCCCGGUCGCCUCAGUCUUGGCCCGAACGCGUUCGCAACCGUGUACAUCACGCUCAAGACGCCCGAGGCCCUCGCUCAGCUCGCGCAGCAGAUGAACGGACACGUCUUCCGUGACUCGCGCGGGACGACACACACGGCGAUUGCCGAGCUCGCGCCGUUCCAGCGCACUCCAAACCCGAGUCGACGCCGCCGCCCAGACCCCAAAAUGGGCACGCUUAGCACGGACAAGGACUAUCUCGCUUUUGUCGAGGCUUUGAACACACCCGCCGCUGCUCCCGCUUCAGCGGUUGCUUUGGCCCUCGAAAUUAGCACACCUUCGCAAGCUGAAGUUGCCGCAAAGCAGACCACACCGCUGAUUGAGUUUAUGCGCGACAAAGCACAGAAAAAGACACGCCUGGCGAAGGAGGCCAGAAUGGCCAAAGAAGCAGAGCUGCUCAAGGAGCAGCACAUGCGACAGGCCAAAUUGAAGCAGACCGCUGCCGAGGCAGCCAUUUCCAGAGCCGCCGCGAAAGCCGCCGCAAAAGCAGACAAGCGAGCAUCAAGCAAAAAGGCCUCUGAAGAAGCCAAGGCUGUCCGGAAACUCGAGCGAGAGACACGCAAACUCGCGGUACGCGCGGCAUCCAGCUCAUCAGCUGCCUCUACCUCGGUUCCUGCGCCGACUGCAGCCAGUCCUGCUCCUGCCACGACUGCACAACCUGCAACUGCUGCUGCUGCUGCUGCUGCUGCUUCAGUCCCAUCCGCAACCAAUCCCGCACCGCCCGCCAAAAAGAUUACCAUCCUUGCCCGCAAACCACGAGAACCAGUUGCUGCUGCUGCUGCUGCUGCUUCUGCGACUGCUGCGAAUUCUGCUGCACCCCCUGCUGCCACUCCUGUACCUGCCGCUGCGGCGCCAUCAGCACCUGCAGUUGCUUCCGCGAGUGCGGCACCACCAGCCGCAGCACCCGCAGCUGCUAGUCCUAGCUCUGCUCAACCUCCUUCGCGAAAUGCACGCCACAAUGGGCCGCGCGGUGGCCGAGGCGCGCGGACUGCCACUGCCGCUGCCAAUCCAGACGCGGCCGCCGCACAGCCUGGACAUGAAGCAGCAGGCGCUGGGCGUUCCGACAGCUCCUCUCGCAGGGGUAGCAGAGGUGGUGGUGGAAGUGGUGGAAGAGGACGCGGUGAUGGCGCUCCUCGCGGCCGAGGCCGUGGUCAUUCUGCUCGACCCACGGAUGGCUCACAGCCUUUGUAGCUCUUCGAUGCUUGAUGUCACUCGAAUACGACAGAGGGAUGGUUUUGGCUACUUUGGAGGAUGCGAGUUUCUUUCAAACACAUUAAAAUUCAAUACACCAGCACCCCGCC